GAAGUGCUGACACCACCAAGCUGGGUACGUGAGUGAGGCGCUGGCACAUGUGGGCUGGACUUCAUAAAAGGGAGACCGAGGUAGGCGCCAGGUCACCUUGUUGCUGUCCCGCCAGGAUGAAGGUCAUUGCUGUCUUUGCACUUUGGGCCACUCUGCUGUGUCUGGCACACACCAACUCCUUAGACUCCUGUCAAGGUCGCUGUGGUUUUGGAACAGACAGCGGUUAUUCCUGUCAGUGCAACCCGUCCUGUGAGCGCUACAGGGACUGCUGCUCAGAUUACACUCAGCUAUGUGAAGCCACGUCUUGCAAAGGGCGAUGCAACGAGCAGUACAACCCUGCCAAUGAAUGCCACUGCAACUCCAAGUGCUCUCAGCACCGCAACUGCUGCAGCGACUACACUCACGUCUGUGACGGUGAUGGAGGCGGUAGCGGCGGUUCUGCCAUCACGGACGCUGAGAUCAAGUCUGUCUCAGAGGCGCUUUACGCUCUGGACUCCAACCGGGCUUCGGCCUCAGAGUUGCUGAUCGACCCCCAGGUUCUGAUCUCAGGGUCUCAGAGCGGCUCCCAGUCAGAUCUUUCCCCUCGGCCUUUUUUCCGCUACGUGGAUGAGGGGGCUUUGUUCUCCAGGCCCACCUACGCAGCUCUCCUGGCGCUGCUGGAUAACUACAACAGGAUGACCGGGCAGACAGAGAACAUCAGCCCACAGGAGAUGGCUGAGCAGGACGGCUUCCUCAGGGAGACCAUGUCCAACACGGAGCUGGGCCGAGAGCUCUUUGGGUUCUUCUACACCAAAGGUAUCUACCCAACCCAGGAAGACUUCCUGUACGACCUGAAGAUGAUGUGGUUCGGUCUUUACUCACGGAGCAACAACAAGAUGGACUCCAGUGGCUUUGAGCACAUUUUUGCAGGUGAGAUCAAGGCAGGGAAGGUGUCCGGCUUCCACAACUGGAUCCAGUUUUAUCUUCUGGAGAAAAGCGGGCUGUUGAAUUACUACAGCCACAGCUUCAACGGGCCUUGGACGAGAUACCCUGACGUGAUGGGCUUGCAGUUCACGUGGGACGGCUACUUCAAGCAGGUGGGCUCUGCAGUCAUUGGCUGCAGCCCUGAAUUUGACUUUGCCAUUUACAGCCUGUGUUACAUCACCCGGCCCGGGAAACAAUGUCGUCUGAGUCUGGGAGGAAAGGAGCUGAUCAUCCAAACGUACACCUGGAAUAACUCCUCCUACGGGAAUGGCAAGAAGUACAUCGGCACCGCUUAUCCCGCAACACCCAGGACCUGAAGCCACGCACCAGUCGACUCCGCUUUACCACAUAUGAUGGAGACAUACACAUGCAUUCACAUUCUACCUGCUAAUGCCUCAAUAAAGCAAUUCACACAUA